CUCUGCCUCCUCAACACUCUCUCGCCGGAAGUUCCACCAUCGACGCCAGUUCAAGCGAUUUAGCCACCGGAUUUCCACCAUCUCCGUCGAAACCUUAUGAGCAGGUUAACCGUCCAUUGAUGCAUUUGGGAGAAAAGGUUGCCGGUUGUCUGCUAGUUUAAGACAUGGCUCUGUCUAUUUCCAGAAGGAUCUUACGUGCUCUUGGGUCUUCAUCCGCAUCUUCUCGCUGCUAUUACUCAAGCAUUACCUCUCCAUCGUUAUGCACAACUCAUGAUCUGUACAACCACGUUCCUGGCGAUAGCUUACUUUCUGCAGAUUCUUCAGGCAUUUUGAAGGGCGGGUCAUCUUUCCUUUCUCAUCGAAAGCUUUCAACGGUCCUGACUCCUGAAUCAAGUGAAGGUGUAUUUCCUUCUGAUUUACUUUCAGCUAAGCCCGUGGUGGCAGCAGACCGAGAAAUAGGGCUUUAUCAGGAUAUGGUAAUUCCGGUGACAAAUUUUCAUAAUGAAGAUAAGGGCUUCAUGGUUUUAGCUGGCGAUGUCUUUGACGUGCCUAUUAGGAAGGACAUUAUACACCGAGUUGUACUAUGGCAACUUGCAAAACGACAGCAGGGAACACAUUCAACAAAAACUAUUAGCGAGGUCAGUGGAACUGGGAGAAAGCCAUGGCCACAGAAGGGUACCGGUAGAGCAAGGCAUGGAACAUUACGUGGUCCCCAGUUUCGAGGAGGUGCUACAAUGCAUGGUCCUAAGCCACGAAGUCAUGCUAUUAAGUUGAAUAAGAAGGUUCGACGGCUAGGGCUGAAGAUUGCUUUAACAGCCCGUGCAGCAGAGGGAAAGCUUCUGGUUUUUGAGGACUUGGAGGUCCCCACACAUAAAACCAAGAACAUUGUGAAUUAUGUCAGUCAAAUGGAGAACACCAAGAAGCUUCUGUUGGUGGACGGUAGUCCUAUUGGUGAAAAGCUAAAGUUGGCCACACAAAAUUUACAUUACGUGAACGUGCUGCCCUCGAUUGGUCUAAAUGUCUACAGUAUUUUGCUGCAUGACACGCUAGUGAUGUCCCGUGAUGCAGUAAACGGAAUUGUUGAGAGGGUGCACACUCCGAUCAACCGUUGAUCUUAUAUUUACUUUGUCUGCUCUACUCAUUUACUUUCAACUCACAACCGGAACUGCCUUCUUUCUUUUCAAAUUUUUUUUUUCCCUUGGCAAUUUGUAGAAGAAAAGAAAGCCAAUAAUAAUGAGCUUUUUCGUAGUUGAAAGAUAUGCAAAUUCUUGACUCAAAUGAUUCCCAUUUUUUGUUUGUUUUGGACUUUGUGCCUUGCUAUGAAAAUUGUGGUUUAAUUUCGCUGGUUUUUGGGACGCGUAGUUGGCGCUUUUUUGUAAUAUUAUUAUUUUCCAAUAGGCUUAUUAAUAUUCUUUGAUAUCAGGACAUUCCAGAGUUGAAUGAGAAGUCCUUCGAGACAUGUAACUUCCUUGUUAGAAGAUGCCCGGACUACCAGCAGUAAACCAGUUAGCCAAAAAAAAAAAGAGAGUAAGUGCACAUGCUUGGCGCAUUCUUUGACAACAAUCACGUCUCGUUGAAUAAGUUUAUAAUUUCUUUUUUGUUCUGAAGUCAAUAUGCUUGGUUGCAAGUAUGACUUGAGCGUGUGAAUUUCAUAUCCGCAUCUUAAAUUA